AUGACCUCCCAGACCGAGAUGCAAGACCUUCUCCGCCUCUUCACAACUGGCCGGAACAAAAUUCCCAUACUCACAGCAAUGCAACGCGUGAAAGCUCUACAAACCGCGUCCAUAACACCCUCCAUCUCAACCAUCGCCUCUACGCCUCUUGAUACCCUCCAAUCCGCACUUUCUAUUGACGAAAAAGUCGCCAAAUCUCUAGUCACUGCUUGUAAAAAUGCCGGGAAAACAACAGGCAAACGAUCCGCGAGCGAGACAGAUGACGCGGGUAAAGGAGGAGCGAAACGCGUCAAAACAUUCGAAUCGGCGUAUUCCUUACCGGUUGAGCAAACCGAGGAGGAGUUAGAGAAAAGCUUGCAGCUCCCGGAGGGAGUGAGAGACGAAGAGCGGAUAGAAAAGACCACGAUUUAUACGAACAGAGCACCUUUGGUGUUAGUAUGGACGUUGCAGCUUUUGAAGUAUACGAUGCCGGGACAAGGGUUAAGUGGGAGGUUGAGUUUGGCACAGGCACUAAUUAGUGCGAAUAGCAAAAGUAAGGCGGAGAGCUUGGGGCUGAAAGGAAAAGGGAAGGAUGAGGAUGAAGGGAAGGGAUGGCCGAAGGUAAAAAUUAUGGGGAGGGAGGUGGGGGUUUUAAAGAGGGGUGGUUAUGGUAGUGAUUCGGUGGAAAGCAAAGUGGAGAGUGGAGUGAAGGAGGAAGAGGAUAACAUUGCGAUCAAGAACGGAUCAGACAAUGAAUGGGCCGUUUCCACACCCUUCACAUCUAAAUCCUCAACGUUUAUCGCCCGCUCGAUAUCUGUAUCUUCACCCGGUCAAGCUCGUACUUCUCUCCAAACUCUCCUCAAGGAACCCUCCAUCGCGGAUGCAAGCCAUAAUAUUACAGCUCUCCGUAUUCAAGGUAAUCAUGGAAUCAUUGAACAUUGUGAGGACGAUGGUGAAUCAGGUGGUGGCAAGCAUAUACUGGGAGUACUUCAAAGUAAUAAUAUAGUCGGGGUUCUACUUGUGGUCUCGAGAUGGUAUGGAGGAGUUAUGUUAGGACCUGACCGCUGGCGGAUCAUGACACAAGUUUCUAACGAUGCAUUAUCACAACGCCUUAGAGUUACAGGGAAUAUCGGAGGAGGAGAGCAAUUAUGGGGAUUGGAUAUUGAAGCUAUGAGUUCAUCGAGUGGGGGAGGUAUUAUGCCUAUUCAUAGACCAGAGGGAGCGAGAAGAUAUGUUUUGAAUGCUUUUGCUUCGCCUCCUGGGGAUGCAAGCGGGGAGGGAGAGGGAAAGAGUAAGAAGAAGAAAACUGCGAAAGUGGUAGCUGAAGAGAAAGAGGAGAAUCUGGGAUUGCUAAUGGGAGCACUAGACUUAUUGCUUGAAAGUUGGGUAGACCAUAUUGGGAAGGAUGAAUUAGAUAGGAGGGCUUGGGGAUGGUAUGUUCAGGUUAGGCCGGAGGUGGAGGGUGGAGUUGCGGGGUGGGGUGGAAAAGGAGUGGUAAAGUUGAGCGAAAUAUUGGCUUUAAGGAGGAACUUGUGA